CAAUUAUGGUGGACACAUCAAACCAUAAAAAUUUAAAACUGGUUCCAAUUCUGAUUCGGUAUUUUAACCACCAAGAAGGGGUAAAAAUUAAAGUGUUAGAAUUUAUGAAUUUAAAAGGCGAAACAUCAAAUAUUUUAUCAGAUUACAUACCGAAUGUUUUAAAAAAAUAUAAUUUAUUAAAUAAUGUUGUUGUAUUUUCGGGUGACAACUGCAGUACAAAUUUUGGCGGCGUCUCGAGAAAAGGCACAAAUAACGUUUUUGCAAUUCUAAAUGAAAAAUUAAAAAGAAAUAUUUCCGGUAUUGGCCGUUCUGCUCAUAUUCUACACAAUGCUAUGCAUAGUAGUGCUGAUNGGAGAAACAUCAAAUAUUUUAUCAGAUUACAUACUGAUUGUUUAAAAAAAUAUAAUUUAUUAAAUAAUGUUGUUGCAUUUUCGGGUGACAACUGCAAUACAAAUUUUGGCGGCGUCUCGAGAAAAGGCACAAAUAACGUUUUUGCAAUUCGAAAUGAAAAAUUAAAAAGAAAUAUUUCCGGUAUUGGCUGUGCUGCUCAUAUUCUGUACAAUGUUAUGCAUAGUAGUGCUGAUAUUUUGCCAACUGACAUUGAACUUAUAAUUAAUAAAAUAUUUCAGUAUUUUCAUAUUUAUACAUUUNAGGCACAAAUAACGUUUUUGCAAUUCUAAAUGAAAAAUUAAAAAGAAAUAUUUCCGGUAUUGGCCGUUCUGCUCAUAUUCUACACAAUGCUAUGCAUAGUAGUGCUGAUAUUUUGCCAACUGACAUUGAACUCAUAAUUAAUAAAAUAUUUCAGUAUUUUCAUAUUUAUACAGUUCGUAUAGAAAAAUUGAAGGAUUUUUGCAAUUUUGUUAGUAUUGAGUACAAAAAUAUUUUAGGAUCUGUAAAAACGCGUUGGUUAUCUCUACAGCCAGCUGUUUCUAGAAUAAUAGAUUUAUAUCCUGCAUUGAAAUUAUAUUUUAUGUCACAAGAAAAGUGUCCUACGGUUUUAAGAACUUUUUUUAAUGAUCCUAUAUCCAUGGCAUGGUUAUAUUUUGUACAAAGUCAGUUGAAGAUGGUAUGUGAUACAAUAAAAAGGAUAGAAGGUGAUCAUAUAUCAGCAGGAGAGGUGUAUGAAGAAAUUGAAGUGUUAUGUGGUAAAAUAAAAAAUCGGAAAAAUCAACAUUUUUUUACAUCAGAGCUAGCUCAACUUAUUUCAGAUCUUGAUAAGAACAAAUUGUACAGUGAAAAAAAGUUUAUUGAAAUAACUGAUGAGUUUUAUGACACGUUUUUAUCGUACGUGGACAUAUGGGGAUAUCACUUUGAACCACUAAAAAGUUUUUCGUUGGAUUUAAGUACUAGAUUUUCCAAUUUGGAGUGACAUUCAAGAAAGUUUUAAAUAUAUUAUUAAGAAUAAUCCAACAUUGAAAUUCGAUGAAAAUGAACUUUUUGACGUAUUUAAUCAUGUGAUAAAUGUAAUGAAGGUUAAAAUGCAAAACUGGAAAAAUGGUUCAAAAACCGAAGAUAAGUGGUGUGAAAUAUUUAAAAUUCUAAAAAAAAAUAACAUUUCAAUUAAAUAUUUUACGGUUAUUUUAGAGUAUUCGAUGGCUAUUCUAGGAACUAACGCGUCGGUAGAAAGAGUAUUUUCAAUUUCAAAUUUUUAUGGACAGAUGAGAAAAAUCGAUUUCUUGUGGAUACAAUUAGAUCGAUAAUAAUCGUAAAACAACAUUUAACUAAAACAACUUUAAUUAAUUUAAAGCCACGGGACAAUAUAUACUUGGUGUAUCUUAGCCCGUGCUUAAAACCAAUGUUUAUGAUUUUCAAAUAAAAUGCAUUUCACGUUUUUACCUUGGCGUUUUUUCCCUAUAUCCGUAUAAUACAUACUACAGUUUUCAACAAACAAAAUAUUAUUCUAUUGCCAAUUGUCAAGUAUCAGUAACGUGGGAACAAUUAUCGAC